AUGUCCGUUGCGCAAAUUGCCGAUUCAAUGGCCGCGAUGAUCCCUCUGUUUCAAAGUCAACUGUUCGCCGUCGCAUUUGAUUUACCCGGUGACUCAAUAAUACAGCGUCGUGGUCUCCCUCUGCGGCUCCUGCAAGUUUUAGUCGGCAUCGUUGCCCUACCGUUGGCGGAUGUUGAAAAAGUCGUUCCGCUAGCGCUGGCGUCAAGCUGUCAUGGAUUGUCCAGGUUUAAAAUCAGCCUCAAGGACCUAGUGGCAAGAACUGCUCAGGGAAUAGAUGACACGAAUCCAACCACCGCGUUGAGCUUUGUCUCGUGGUUCAACCUGACCCAUCUCCAGUCAAAUAUCAUAAUCUCUUCCCACAAAUACUUCCCUGUUGCACUGCUCAUAAGUGGUCCCUAUGGAAUAAGCAACCUUGACUAUCAAUCGUUCCUCGACUUUUGGAUGGACGAGUGCCAAGCCUAUAAGAAAAUACCAGAAGAUAGAUUCAGCAUAGAUGCCCUUGAAGGAGUGAACAUCAGUGAAGUAGCUACCACACAAGGCACGUUCUUUAAAGAUUUAGAUUUAUUCGAUCCAGUCGAAUUGGCAAUGACGCUAGCUCCUCGAACUGUCGUUCCUGCUUAUGUUGGACUCCGGGAUAUAUUCUCAAGGAAAGCAAAUGGCACUUACGUGGCCAAUGUAGCCCGGGACGCCUGGAUAAUUUCCGGCGAGUCUAGGAGUGCGAAGUGGCGCUUAUGGGGGCACAGAUUUAUGAAUUGGCUGGUGUACAGUCAAGCCGAGAUUCUUGCACCAAGUGGUAAAUGCAAACCUUUCGAAAUUUGAGACCACCACAAUAGGUUGUUUUAAAGCUCCGCUAUGACGUUCAGAUAUAAGUGACUCCUAUUCAACGUGCUCGUCGGCACCCAGAGGUUCAGCCAGGUGCUCCUCCUGAGU